AUGCCCAAGUCGACGCACUCAUAUCACAGCGUCGACGACUAUGACACCGGCCAUGCUCAGGGCUCUGCCGACCGCGGCGAGAGCCAUGACACAUACAGCAGCACAACGCCCACGUCGCCAACCCUCACCUUCAGCGCCAUGAGGCAUAUGCGAGCUUCGGACACGGACCUCGCCAGGUCUAGAGAGAGCGUCAACGAGCGCACCUCGCUGCUGGGCCUGCCCCAUCUGCGCUCGUCCAGGUCCUACAAGAGCCUCCCGGGCACCACGCCUGGCACCCCGCGUCCAGGCAUGGCGCGUAACAACAGCCAAUUGCCCACCACGUCGCGCAUACGCUCCAGCAGACGAGGCUCCCUCACCGGCGGCCACACGUUCAGUCAGCGUCUUGUGAAUGCCCUGGGCGAGCGAGGCCACGGACUCGAGCAGAGCAUGCACUCGGCAAAGGUAGCCAUCUUCCAGGACGACCGCGUGUGGUACGACCAGUUCACCUCCACCGACUGGGUCCACGACAACAUCGCCGACGCAUACCGUGUAAAAGCACUGCGGAGCAGAAAGGACAUCAGGGGCCGUCUCGCUGCUUGGUUCGACGGCGCCCAGGGCUGGGUCCUGGUCGCCAUCAUUGGUGUCCUCACUGCCGUGUGCGCCUAUUUCGUCAACACGACCGAGACAACGCUCUUCGACCUGAAGCAGGGAUACUGUUCGGUGGGCUGGACAAAGAGCCACAAGAGAUGCUGUGACGGCGCUUCAAUAUGCGACAAAUGGAUCCAUUGGUCUGAGGCCGUCCGCACAGACAGGCUGGAUGUCGUGCAGACACAGUAUGGUUUCUUUGUCUUGUCCGUUGUGCUGCUCUCCAUGGCCUCGUGUCUCCUCACCCUCACCACAAAGACCGUCAUCCCAUCCGCCAUUUCGCUCUCUACGCUAGACGAGAACCUUGGUGCAGAAGUUCGAAGAUUUUCCGACGAUGACGACGAUGACAACAAGCGCAGUACCAGCCCAGAAACCCGGUUCCAGGAGGUGCAGGCCCGACCCCCCAUGGUCUACUAUUCUGCCGCCGGUAGUGGUGUGGCCGAAGUCAAAGUCAUUCUAAGUGGCUUUGUCCUCCACGGCUACCUUGGUGUACGCACCCUCGUCAUCAAGACCCUCGCCCUUAUUCUCAGUGUCGCAUCAGGCCUCAGUCUCGGCAAAGAAGGCCCCUAUGUCCAUAUUGCCACAUGUAUUGGCAACAUUGUCUGUCGUAUUUUCUCAAAGUACAGUAACAACGAUGGCAAGCGCAGGGAAAUUUUGAGCGCAAGUGCUGCUAGUGGUGUGGCUGUUGCGUUUGGCGCUCCCAUUGGUGGCGUGCUUUUCAGUCUUGAGGAAGUCAGCUAUUACUUCCCGUCGAAGACGCUUUUCCGCACCUUCUUUUGCUGCAUUGCGGCUGCCUUAUCACUCAAGUUUCUCGAUCCAUACGGAACCAAGAAGAUUGUGCUUUUCGAGGUGCGAUACCACUUGGACUGGAAGUUUUUCGAACUCGCCUCAUUUAUAUUUACCGGUGCCGUUGGUGGUGUUUUGGGUGCCCUCUUUAUCAAAGCAUCUCGCAUCUGGGCACGUACGUUCCGUCGCAUACCCAUCAUCAAGAAACAUCCUCUUCUCGAGGUCUUCCUUGUCGCACUCGUCACGGGUCUGAUUAGCUUCUGGAACCGUUACACCAAGCUUCCUGUUACUGAACUUCUAUUCGAGCUAGCCAGUCCCUGCGAUACUUACACUGACACGGGCGAUGGCCUGUGCCCGACUGUUGAGCAUAUCCCUGGGGUGCUCAAACUCUUGUUCAUCGCGUUCCUCAUCAAGGCCAGCCUGACUGUAGUCACUUUUGGCAUAAAAGUGCCAGCCGGUAUCUACGUACCUUCCAUGGUUGUCGGUGGUCUUGCCGGACGCUUCAUUGGUCACACCGUCCAGCUUGUUGCUCUCCGAUUUAGUCAUCUCGGCAUUUUCAGCGAGUGCUCGCCAGACGGCCCUCCAGGUUCCUGUGUCGUUCCGGGUGUCUAUGCCUUGGUAGCAGCUGGAGCAACUAUGACUGGUGUCACCCGUCUCAGCAUUACUUUGGCUGUCAUUCUUUUUGAACUCACCGGCAGCUUGGAUCAUGUACUGCCCUUCUCUCUGGGAAUUCUCGUCUCCAAGUGGGUAGCAGAUGCUAUUGAGCCGCUCAGUAUCUACGACCUUCUGACUGACAUGAACUCGUACCCAUUCCUGGACAACAAAGUCCGACCAAUCUUCACCUCUGAAUUGGGUGACAUCACCCCUGGCUCGAAGAAUGACCAUGUAAUUGAUAUCUCAGAGGACUCCUUAAUUCCUGCGGUAGAAUUGCGUGCAAAGCAGCGCGCCCUACAGAUGGCUGGUGAACUCGAUGGCGGUCUGUCGAUUGUCAAAAACGGCAUCCUUGUCGGCCUUAUCCCUGCACCAGACCUGGAGUUCGCCCUCGACAAGCUCGAAAACGAAGAAAACACGCUCUGCCUAAUGUCUCCACGUGUAGACUGGGCGGCGGGACGAGAGCCUCACGACGAGGAAGAGCAAGAAGCAUACGACCCGAGUGACUUCACCCCAUACAUUGACCCUGCCCCAGUAGCAUUGGAUGUUCAUUCACCCAUGGAUCUUGUCUACGAAUGCUUUGUCAAGCUUGGACUGCGUUAUAUCUGUGUUCUUAGGGACGGCAAAUACGCUGGUCUGGUUCAUAAGAAAACGUUUGUCAAAUAUGUCAAAGAGCUCGAGGAGCGAGAGAAGAAACAGCAUCACGCUUAG